CAGCUGUUCUCCAGAGCACUGCUUCCAGGUCCGACAGCAUGUGAACGCGGCAUUAAAGCGACACCGUUGCCAGUCUGGAUACAGUUCAUAUUGAUCCAGAAGGACGCCCAGAGAGCGAGGGGCGGCCAUGUUUGAAAAUGUCCCCACAGCGUCCUCGGCCGAGCGCCAGCAGGUCGUGGGAGCUCUGGAGCGUCUGCGAGCCAAGCUGGUCCAGAGGGAGGAUUGGACCCACAGCGAGACGCUGGGAAACCUGAGCGAGACCCUGCAGAGUCCGCUGUUCAGCCACAUCCUGACCCUGCAGCACUCCAUCCAACAGCUGCGCAGCCAGCUGAGCAGCAUGCCGCCCGACGCCGACAGUGACUUCGGUUUCUCCAGAAAGGGUCAGCUGAUCAUGACUACCGUCAACCCAGCUAGCAGCUUGGCCCCGCCCACCCUGUCCGCCUCCUCCCUGCUGUCCAACGGCUCGUCUCCGCCCUUGUCUGACCCCGCGCUGCAGAAGUGGAUCCUAGCCGCCGCCAAGGGCCGUCACACAGAGGUGUGUCAGCUGACUCGGCCUCUGUCCGGAGGUCUGGGCUUCAGCGUGGUCGGCCUGAAUCCCGCAGGAAGCAGCAAUCAGGACGUCUUUGUCAAACACAUCCAGCCUGGAGGCAUCGCACACAGGGACGGGCGCCUCCAGGAGCGGGACCAGAUCCUGGUGAUAAACGGCGUCCCUCUGGAGCCGGGCAUCAGCCAGCAGCAGGCGCUGGCCCUCCUGCAGCAGCCGGGGGAGACAGUGGAGAUGGUGGUGGCUCGGGGGCACCCCGGCAACGCGCCAGCCGGCACGGAGCGGUGGGGUCACGUGGAGGAAAUCGAGCUGGUGAACGAUGGCUCUGGUUUGGGCUUUGGCAUCGUGGGAGGGAGGACGGCCGGAGUGGUGGUCCGGACGCUCAUCCCAGACAGCGUGGCAGACCAGGACGGGCGUCUGCGCACAGGUGACCACAUCCUUCGCAUCGGGGUGACGCCCACCAGCGGCCUCACCAGCGACCAGGUUGUCAAGGUGCUGCAGGGGUGCGGGAGCCAGGUGACGUUGCUGAUCGCCAGAGACCCCCGGGGUCAACCGUCGACAGCCCCGCCUCCCCCACCACCUCCCGACUCGGCCCCCGUCUCCUCCUUACCGCCCCGCUCCCCGGGCCUGCCACCGCCGGGCCAGCUGAGCAAAACACCCAACCUGGAGGGAUAUGAGAUUCACGAGGUUCCUCUAAGCAAGAACGAGGGUCAGAGCCUCGGCAUCUCCAUUGUUGGAUACAACCCUCUGACCAGCCAAGAUGCCGUAGGUGUGUUUGUGAAACACGUGGUUCCCGGCAGCGCUGCAGAUCACAGCGGGAACAUCCGGAUCCACGACCGGCUGCUCGCUUUGGACGGCGUCAGUCUCCACGGUCUGUCCAAUCAGGAGGUUAUGGACGUGAUGAGGAAGACGGGUCGGACCGUCGUUCUCAGUGUGGUCAGGAAGAAAGCCAGAACCCCUGAGAGGUCGCUGGAUGAAGCUACAGAUGCAGAACGAAGGGCUAAAUGGGAGCAGGCGCUGGGACCAAAGUACCAAGUUCUGGUGGUGAAGUUGGAUCCUUUCAUUGAAGACGAUGCAGAGCUGCAAAAGUCCUCCAAGCUGCUGCCCAUCCACACUGUGCGUCUUGGUGUCGAGCUGGACUCGUUCGAUGGUCACCACUACAUUUCCUCUGUGGUCCCUGGAGGCCCCGUGGACCAACAUGGAGUCUUGAGACCAGAGGACGAGCUCCUGGAGGUGAAUGAUGUGCAGCUGUACGGAAAGUCCCGUCGAGAGGUGCUGUCGUUUCUCAAAGAAGUGCCUCCUCCGUUCACUUUGGUCUGCUGCCGACACCCGACCGCUGACCUGGAACCAGAAUCAGAGUCUGAACAUGAACCUGUUCUACGAACUGGACUUGGACCAGAACCAUUAGGACGGUCACAACCCAGUGUGGAGGAGAUGGAGCUGACGCUGUCGUCGAUGCUCAGCAGACCGAGAGGGAGCGUGAUGGAGCCGCAGCAGGAGGAGCGUGCAUCCCCUGUAGAGAUGGUGCUGAUGAAGGAUCAGUACAACCAUGAGGAGGACGAGAACAAGGAGGAGCAGGCUGAAGAUGAAGAUGAUGAAGAGCUGACCCAGUGGUCUCCAGACGUUCAGAUCCUUGAGCUGCAGAAGGAGAGAGACAAAGGGCUUGGCUUCAGCAUCCUUGAUUACCAGGACCCGCUGGAUCCGGGCCGCUGCGUGAUGGUGAUCCGCUCUCUGGUCCCGGGCGGCUCAGCGGAGCGCCGCGGCGGCCUGUUCCCCGGGGACCAGCUGGUGUCAGUCGACCGGACCCAGCUGGACGCGCUCACCCUGGACCAGGCCCUGGAGGUCCUGAAGGCCGUCCCGCUCGGCACGGUCCGCCUGGGCGUCCGCAAGCCUCUGUCGGCGGUGGAGGAGCCACAGAGGAUCAGCCAGGUGUCUCUCAACCACACACAGCUGCCCGUACCAAAGGGUUUCGGCGAUGGCUCCAUUCUGCCAGAAGACCUCCGUCAAGAGGAGGAAGGGGAAGAGGAGGAGCCAGAGCUCAUCCUGGACGGAGGUCUGCCUCGCUACGCCUCCUUCUCUUUGACCUCCAACCUCCUGCCUGUGGAGGAGGGCAGGGAGAUGGCCGUGGAUGAGGAUUUGAAGGAAAGGAAGGAGGAGGGAGAAGUGGAGGAGAGUGUGGGCUCCCUCUCCAGGAGACCACCCCCUUCUUGGGAGGAGUGGAAGCUCACCUCCAGCCGGUCCAGUGGAGCAGAGGAGACUUGGAGCAAAGAGAAGGAGGAGGAGCUCAGCAAGAGCGAAGAGGAAGAGGAGCAGAGAUCAGACCAUGAAAGCAUCAUGUCCAUAGAGAACCUGAUCAUUGGCUCCAGGGACAGUGAAGCUGAUUCUGAACUCACGCUAACAGACACCGACACAGAAUCCGUCAGGACGAUUGACACAGGGAGACGAAAGAGGCGGAGCCAGGGAGGGGCCUCUCUACCAAUCAGAGGAGGUCAUGGAGAUCUUCCUGAAAGAGAGGAGGGCGAGGGGGAGGAGACGCCGGCCUUCAGUCACUGGGGGGCCCCCCGCAGGGUGGAGGUGUGGCCCGAGGAAGGCCAGUCUUUGGGUCUGAGCAUCGUGGGAGGUCGUCAUGUCAUCAAGCGUCUGAGGAACGGAGAGGAGCUGAAGGGAAUCUUCAUCAAGCAGGUUUUAAAGGGAAGCCCCGCUGCCAAAACUCAGUGCCUGAAGACCGGAGACAAGAUCCUGGAGGUGUCAGGCGUUGACCUGCGACUGGCCAGUCACGAGGACGCGGUCAAUGCCAUCAAAUUGGCCCCGAGCCCCGUCGUCUUCAUCGUCCAGAGCCUGUCGGCGACUCCACGGCCUGUGUCUCUUACCGCCUCCAGCUACAAUAAACACAAAGCACAGAGGACAGAGUCUCCGACACAGGGUGCCGCCCCCCCUCCGAGACAACCUCCACCAUACAGGCCGCCCGGCCAAUCAGAACAAGGGAUGAAUUCGGACCUGAAGAUGGCCAGAGAGCGAUGGUGUGAGCGUUAUGGCGACCUCCAGGGAGAACUGCUGUGCGUGGAGCUGGAGAAGGAGCGGCAGGGUUUGGGAGUCAGCCUGGCGGGAAACCGCGAUCGCUCCCGCCUCAGCAUCUUCGUGGUGGGACUCAAUCCUGGAGGGCCGGCGGCUCGAGAUGGACGGAUCCAAGUCGGAGACGAGCUGCUGGAGAUUAACAACCAGAUUCUUUAUGGGCGGAGUCACCAGAACGCCUCGGCCAUCAUUAAGAGCGCCGUCCCCAAGGUGAAACUCAUCCUGCUCAGAAAUGAGGAUGCCAUCAACCAGAUGGCCGUCCCCCCCUUUGCAUCUCCCCCUCCUCCCCCCGUCCUCGGCCCCGUCAGCCCAGAGGUCGUCUGCGAGGCUCCUCCAUGCGCCUCCGUCCCCACAGACGGGCCCCGCCCCCCCGACAGCCUGACCCUCCACCCGUCAUCUGACCCACUGGACGAUAAGAGCCAGGAAGCCCAACAGAAUAACAAGAACAGGAACAGAAGCAGCAGCAACAACAGCGUCCCCAAGAGUCUGACCGAGAACAGCUGCACGAAGAGGCUGAAAGAGACUCCAGAAAAUGAGUUUCAGGCUCCAAAGGCAUUUCUGGAGCAGCAGUCGUGCAGGGCUUCUAUCAGUUCCAGUAAAAAGACUGCAGCGCCUCCUCCACUGAUAAGCCCAGAUCUCCAAGCUGACAAUAGAGACCCAUCAUGCUGUGUGGUGGUCCCUGGUCAGGAGAUGCUGCUGGAGAUCUGUAAAGGUCGAUCAGGACUCGGACUCAGCAUAGUGGGAGGAAGAGACACGCAGCUGGACGCCAUAGUGAUCCAUGAGGUCUACGAGGAAGGAGCAGCAGCCAGAGACGGACGACUGUGGGCAGGAGACCAGAUACUUGAGGUGAACGGGGUGGACCUGCGCGGGGCGUCCCACGAGGAGGCCAUCGCCGCCCUGCGCCACACGCCGGGGAAGGUUCGUCUGACGGUGCUGAGGGACGAGGCUCAGUACAGAGACGAGGAGAACCUGGACCUCGUUAAGGUGGAGCUGCAGAAGCGCAGCGGCAGAGGGCUGGGACUCAGCAUCGUCGGGAAGAGGAGUGGUAGCGGUGUGUUUAUCUCCGAGGUGGUCAGAGGGGGCGCCGCUGAGCUGGACGGUCGUCUGAUGCAGGGCGAUCAGAUCCUGUCAAUCAACGGAGACGACAUGAAACACGCCUCCCAGGAAACUGUCGCCGCGAUUCUGAAGUGUGCUCGAGGUCCGGUCCUGUUGGAACUCGGGCGCCUCAAAGCUGCAUCCUGGAUCUCCUCCAGACGCAACUCCCAAGGAAGCCAGAUGAGUGGGAGCAGCUCAGGCGUAGCGGUCCCGCCCCCAACCAACACCUCAACAUCAUGUGACCUCGUGACUCCUGAACCCACGCAGUCAACCUUCACCGGGCCACCGUCCCCCAACAACAGCACAAAGUCCACCCGUGACACCACUUCCUGCUCUAACAGCACAGGGCCAGAGGCUGGCCUCCGCACUGUGGAGAUCACAAGGAGAGUCAGCGACUCCCUCGGCGUGAGUAUAGCAGGGGGGAAGGGCAGCCCGCUGGGGGACAUCCCCAUCUUCAUUGCUAUGAUUCAGGCCAACGGGGUUGCGGCGAAGACGUGCCGGCUCAAGGUGGGCGACAGGAUCGUCAGUAUUAACAGUCAGUCCGUGGACGGUCUGUCGCACGGCGACGUCGUCGCCAUGCUGAAGGGCAGCUACGGAAACAUCAGCCUGCAGGUGGUAGCAGACACCAACAUCGGCGCCAUCGCCACUCAGGUGGAAUGUUUGUCCAGCACCUCCAGUCUGUCGGCUGCCACUGAGACACACAGAGCAGAGCCAGAGGGUCCUCGGCCCUGCAGCAUCAGUCUGCAGAAAGGCUCCGAGGGACUCGGCUUCAGCAUCGUCGGAGGAUUUGGCAGUCCUCACGGAGACCUGCCGAUCUACGUCAAGACCGUCUUCAGCAAGGGCGCAGCGGCGGUGGAUGGCCGCCUGAAGCGCGGCGACCAGAUCCUGUCUGUGAAUGGAGAGAGUCUGCAGGGAGCGACACACGAGCAGGCGGUCGCCAUCCUGAAGAAACAAAGAGGAAGCGUCGCGCUGGACGUCCUGUCAUAAAACACACACACACAAAACUUGCAUGCAGACACACAGGCAUAUGAAAACAGAUUCUUGUGACUUCCUUCAUGCACUCAGACUUUGUGGAUCGUGAACUCUGAACAUUCCAACAUUAAAAAAGACAGAGCUUCAGAUAUCAAAUGCAACAUGCAUUUGCACACACACAUAAACCUCCUGUGGGGUGAAACCGGUACCUGCUGAAAAAUAAAAUAGAAAGAGAAUUAGAGUUUUUCAACCUUGGUGUAGGGCCACAGGUGGGGUCACGUGAUACAUAGAUGUGGUCAUGACAAACAUCUGAUGAAUGGAUUUGUUGGGCUGGGAUCAUGGCAUUAAGGUUGAGAAACUCUGUGACUAGAAACUCUAUUAAAUGAGAAAAUUGUCUCAAAUCAAAUAACUGUCAAUAUGGAGUCAUGGUGGAGUGGCUUUGUCGCCGGCCUGCACUAGUUAAUGCGUUCAGACACACACACACACACACAGAGCAGACGGGUUUGUUUUCUUGAUCUUAAUCCAGAGGAACAAGAAGCACGUGUUUGUUCUCCAACACUGCUGCUUAGCAACUUCUCUCUGGUAAAAGAGCAGCAGUUCAUUAUGAAUGUGGAAAGCACAGGAGAGGACGGUGGGUGAACUGUAACACUUCUGUUCGGGUUCAACAAAUUGGCAGGACUGUGCAGUUUCAAACACCUAACAGGUAACAGUUGGAUUUUCUAAAACAAAUGGGAAAUGUAAUAUUAAUUCAGUUAAACAAUCAACCCUAAACAUUGUCUGUUUAAGACUCCCAUGUAUACAAAAAGUACAUGGCACAUUUGUGGAAAUAUGCUCAUUUUUGUAUAACAAAUUACACACAUUCAUGGGAUGGUUUUUUCCUAUGGUUCCUUGUUUUCAAUAUUUAGUGCCAUUUAUUAUUAUUUUUUAACUUCAAUUUGCAGAAAUUGGAUUAAACCAUCAAAAACAACACAUCCGACUGAAAACAUGUUGGGCUUUAAGUGAAGGCUGUACUAGGAGGUGUAGACCGGUUCCCACAUUAUUAAAAAAAAACGUAAAUCAAAACCUAUAAUAAUUGAAAGGAAUUAACCGUAAAACAAAUUAUGAAUCCAUAAUAGACUAUAUUAAAAAGUUCCUUCAUAACAGAGACUCAGUCGUUUGUUGAAACAUUUUACACAAUGUACACACAUUAUUAUUAUUUAAAGUAGGAAAGUCUGUUAAAGUUUCCUAUUUAGUUUUUUAUAUAGUUUCAUCAUUCAACACAAACAUUUUCAAAGUUUGAAUAACCUGUACGCACACAUUUCUCUCCAUAUUGACCAUGUUAAUCACACAUGUGUCUCCAUGGAGAUGAAUCUCAGGGCCUGGUGGGCUUGGAGACCCCGUGUCGCCACCGGCAACAGAUAGUGUCUUCCACAUGAUUUGAAUCAUGGAGAGAAAAUCUUAAAAUUGUGUCUACGUGGAGAUUUGAAUUAUAAAAGGCUUUCUAGAAGCAGGUGUGAAUAAGAGGGACAGACUGACAUUUUGUAAAACUAUUGUCCUCAAACAGACCAGUUCAGUCUCUUCAGGAGAAGGUUAGCAUAGCUUAGCACAAAGGCUGUAUGCAGGAGGGAAAUACACCCUAAACACCUCCAAUCCGAUUUAAAUGUUCAGCUUAUUACGCCUUUUAGCAGUUGAAAUUGACCAGGUUGACCGCAUAUCUGCAGCAACUAAUAGUUCAUACUGGGUUUUUCUGCAUGGAUCAAAGAGUUGAAAAUAUCUUCAAAGACACGUCUUUACAUAUUUUUAUCUUAAAUUAAAAAUGGUAUUUUUGAAACUAAAAAAUAACGGAUGUUAAGAACUUUUAAGUGUUUUGUGUACCUCUUUGAAAAAACUAAUUCCAUGCAGGAUUCGCAACAUAAAUUUGACCCAUUAGGUUAAAUGAACGCUUUGGUCAUCCUUGUAAAAACAGGGUCGUCCCUGCUCGUUACAUUAUGAGAGAUUGGUAAAAAUAUAUAUUUUUUUUCAAAAGUGGGGAUUUUGACAUCACCGACCAAAGGAAACACUUAAACACAUUAAACAUUUGACUGAUUGUGGAGGCUUAAUAUGACCCUUUAACGAUUCAUAAGACAACGUUGAACACAGGACGGUGGGAGAAGGUGUAAGACGUUGGCAUGCUAACAUCGGCUAUGUCAGCUAGCUUAACAACAUUUACACCUCUGUUUGUGGCUGUACACCGUUAGUACCAACUAGUUUGUGAGCUGGUUUAACUUCCGUAAACAUCGCCAGUGAAAACCCUCGACACUCACAAACAAGUCAAAAACUUAGCGUGAAUUUACAACUUUUGUAACGUUAAGAGCUCGAUAGCAAACCUGAAAAGAGCGGCCUUCGUUUGGAGGGGGACCAGAGGAUUUACCAACAUGUCAGGCUGUUGCUUUCGAUUAGUUUUGUGUCUGCAGAGCUUUGCUGAAGUUUAUUAGGAUUCCACAGUUUAACUCUUUUCAGAUAUUUAAAUAUGUAAUUGAGACUUUGUGCUGAGCAGGAUCCUGUACCUGAAACAUAUCGAUCCACUGCAAAAUACUUUGUUAAGCAUGUUUUUGUCAUAAUCACUCUUAAUUUUUUAUCUGAAGAUAUCAGAGUAGAUGAACUGUAAUUUAUUUUUGUGAUCUCACUAUAAAUAGCAAUGUUAUUUGUUUUUAAUCAAUGCAAUAUGUUUGUGCCAGUGUCUGAAGCUUUGCUUUGCCUUCACACAGGACUCGUUCAGAGUCGCUGCCAAAAAACAGCUGAAGUUGCACUUUAUUUUACAUAUUUACUUGAUACGGUUUCCUGGAAAGAAAUAUAUAAUUCAGUACUAUUGACUAUUGAGAGUAAAUAGAGGGAUAUUCCAGUCCGAGCAUAAUGGAUUGAAAAUUAUUAGUGUGAGCUGCUUUUUAAAGGUGUUAUUCCUUUAAAAUACAACUUCUACAAUUAUGAGGACAUUGAGUUGACAAGUGGGAAGUAAGAAUGAAACAUUUUGUUUUUGGCUGAAUUUGUUGACAUUUACUCUUAUUGGCACUAUUAUUCUGGAUGAGCUGGAUUAGCUGCUCCGGUUAGCAGUGUAACACUGUGAUACUGUAGAAAACUUAAAAACACGAUUAUUCUAAGUUCUGCGUGGAUUUCAGAGGAUUAAUGGAUGUUUAUUUUGAAUGAACAUUGGAGGGAAGUGGAUUCUCUUUCUGUAUCUCGCCUCCCCUUCAGCACCUGCCCCCCUCCUGAGGCUUUUGUCUUUCUGUUGUCCGUGUCCCGCUCAACGUCUUAUCCUGUCGUCACCAUGGUUACAAUGUCCUUCAAAGAUGAGUUACAUUGCCGUGCAGCUUGCAUACCUGGCCUCCUCCUGUAAUGUUGAUCUGUUGUCUUGUUGAGGCGUUUUGAGUUACUCAGUGAUGAUGAACCAUGUUAUAGUUCUUGGUAAAGGCGAUGCAGGACAGUGGAAGCUAUUUUAUGAAAAUAAACACGCUUUUCCUCACGUUGUUCCAGUGCAGAUGCUAACUUCCCUUUAAAGCGUUCAACAGUCUCUCAUUCCUUUGCGAGCAUUCAGCAGGUUCUCACAAUACUGAUAUUUUUUUAUUUAUAAAGCUUAUUUUAAAAAUUUCAUGCUGCAAAAAUGGAUAAAUAAAACUUGAAAUUCUGACUUUA